AUGACUCUCCCCGAGCCCCCCGUCGCCCUGAACAACAUCUGCUCAGUUAUCCACGACAACGUUCUGUACACGUACUCCGCAGACGCUUUUCAAUCACUUUCGCUCACCGAGGGAGCGAAAUGGAAGACUUUGACUCAGGGCGAAAAGGUCACAGGAGGUGUAUGUGUCGGCUCAAAUCCCACGGACGCCAGUCAGGCUGGCUUGUACAUUGUUGGAGGUAAGGGAACAUCGACGGACUACCGGGGACUGCAGAAGUACACGUUCGCGACAGGAAAGUGGGAGUCAAUCCAACCACAGGACGCGGUAACGCAGGAGCGUCUGCUUCACGGCGCAACUUAUCUCCCCGGCACUGAUCAGAUUAUCAUCUACGGCGGCAGUCAAGAUGGUUACUCUGGGCCCUCGACGCAGACCUUUGUCGUUGGCGCCUCCGCACCUUACCACACCCGAGCCUACGAAUCCACAGCACCACCCGUCGUAAACCCGAUUGUGCUCACCUGGUCCGACACUCAGGCGGUCGUGGUUGGCGGCAGCACCACCAACUCAAAGGUCAUGCUUUUCAACCCGGACACUCUGUGGACGGACUCUGGCGCGACUCUCGCUUCACCGAUCUUGAAGGAUACUACGGCGAUCAGGGCGAUGCUUAUGAAGGGAGAUGAUGGAAGCAAGAGCUUGUACACCUUCGACCUGUCGACCUCACCGAACGAGGUCCAGCGUAUGGUCCUUAUCGAUGCUUCGGGAGCACCUGUUGCCAACUCCGCCGCGGUGUCGAAGAAGACGACACGAACGGCGGCUGAGAUGGCGAAGCGCGAUUUGACUCUGGCAGACUGGCCUGCCUACAACAGCACCCUCGCGCCCACGGGAACCCGCGCCAACUACGCCCUCGCGUCUGACUCCACCGGUCUUGUCGUCUUUGCCGGAGGCAACACGAACGAUGUUUUGUGCAUGUUCAAUGCGCGCGAAAACAGCUGGACAGACGCGAACCAGAAGUUGAGCGAGCAGUCUGUCCUCAUUACCAGCGAGACGUCUAGCAGCACAAGUGCUUCGUCGACUGCUACUUCCACCUCAAGCAGUAGCAGCAGCUCUUCGAAGUCUUCGUCGAGCGCGAUCUCUAGUGUCUCCGCCAUUACUGCCCCUGCUUCUGCCUCCGCCUCUGCUUCGUCCUCUGCCUCUUCGGAGACUGCCGCCCCCGCUGUUGGCGCCUCUGUCAGCGCCAACGCCAUCCUUGGUAUUGUGCUUGGAACUAUUACCGGUAUCAUGAUCCUCCUGGGCUUGAUUCUCUUCUGUAUCCGCCGCCGUCGUGCGAAGAACCAGCCCAACCCCGAGCAAGGCCAACGAGGCUUCCCCGACGAGAAGGCUGGACUCGGUUACGGCAACAACGACUUUGACCCCGCUCCCGGUUUCCGAGGACACCAGCAGUCCGAUUCGGCUGGAUCCUUCUCCUCGAUGGCUAUCUUGAUGGGCAAGGCCAACGGUCCCAAGUCCAACGCCAACGUCGCUCCUCGCGGCCCUAGCAACGACUUCAAGCGUGGCUCUACGAACAGCUUCUUCAAGAGCACUAUCAGCAAGCCCAUGCCGCAGGUCAACGAGGUUCCCAACCUGGCACCGCCUUCGCGUGACGAGAAGGGCGUCUCUUUCGCCGCUGACACCGUUGAACCCCGCCCCACAACUCGUGGAAACCAGAUGGGACGUCCUGGUGAGACGCGCAGAAGCUCAGGCUGGAACCGAUACUGGUCUGGCGGUAGCGCUCUCAAUAUCCUCGGAUUCGGCAACUCGAAGCGGACCACCGUCGACUCGGAAACCUCUCACUACUCGAACAAGAACCGGAUUACUCAGGACUCUGCCACUGUCCCACCCCUUCACCUCAUCACCCAGGAUCUGUCCACCGUACCGCCCAUUCGGCACGAUGGCCGGCCGGAGCUCAACCGCGUGGCCUCAGGCAGCCCUACUGUUUCGGACUACUCAAACCAGAUCCCCUUCAGAGACGGAGUUUCCGCCAAGAUCGAAUCACCCCGACGACCUACCUCGGACGCCUCAUCUGGCUACUCAAGUGGCAUUCCUGAGAGCGUUCGUGAUACCUGGGAUCCCAUCGGCAGCUACAAGAAGCCGUGGGGUGCGGAUCGUGCCCCGAGCAGUGUAUACGCUGAGAGCCUCUACCCGACGUCUCUGGCACCAAGCAUUCCAUCAAGGCCACCAGGCCAGGGUCAUCCGAGUGGUGUGAGCCAGCAGCCCCCGCUUGCCAUGGCUUCAACAUCGUCAGACAUGAGCUGGCUGAACCUCGGCGAGAUCAACAAGGCCAAGCAAAAUCAACGCUAG